AUGAUGUCGCCGAAGGACGGGCGUUCAACGAAAGUGUGGACGAAGCAGCUCAAAGGGAUCACGCUCGGCGCCGCGUGUCUCGCCGCCUUCAGCACGGGCACCCCCUAUGUCUGCAGUAGCUAGUCAGUACCUUUCACUCCGGAAGAUACUGUGGAUACUAUCCUGGCUGGUCUUGUGUGCUGUUUGCCUCUGAGUGCUGAGCUGACGACCCCGGUGGCUCGUGGCUCGUGGCUCGUGGCGCUGCUCCUGUUCCGGCUCUUCUUCUGCGCAGUGCACCGCAGCUCGCGCAGCAGCUGGGCCUCACUUCGAAGCAGACCAACGCCAUCAUGAUGAGCGCCAACUCGGGUGGUUACCUAGCCGUAAGUACUCAAGUUCCGUCACCACUUGCCGAGGGGGUUCAGCCCCAGGUGGUGAGCGACAUCUUUUCGCCAGAUUGCUCAUCACGUGAUCCGAGUUGCUUCCUCGCGUUCGCUUUUGCGCUGCAGGGACCGUUCACUGGACUACUCGUCGACGCUCGAGGUCCAAGAUUGACACUUUUGCUAGGCUCUGUCGGAGUGUUCCUGGGAUGUGAGUAGCCACAUGCGGUCGGAGGAUCCCAAAGUCACGUGCUCUGACACUCGCAGCCUCCUGGCAGACUACACUCUCAAAGCUUUCUAUGAUAGUGGUGCCGACGGUCUGUACUCGCAGUUCGGUUUAAUCCCGCUCGUACUCUGUCAAGGUUUGGUCGGCGCAGGCUCAUCCAGCAGUUAUGCGGGCUUUACGAAUGGCUGUGCAAAAGCUUUUUCGCAUCAGCGCGUACGUUUCCGCAGCGAUCACCGGUUCGCAGCAUCCAUAUUAACCGCUGUCAACUCUUUUCAUCUUCUCACAGCGAGCUACGGUUUUGUCAAUUUGCAUUGCCUGCCUCGGUCUCUCGGCUUUCGUCUAUUCAACCUUGGCUGCCUCCUACAUCGGCACCCAUCUGAUCCCCGGCAUCGAUGCAACUUCUUCGUUCCUCUGCCUAUUGGCCUUUGGCACAGGAGGGUCCAUCCUUCUCGCUUCCUUCGCCAUUCAACCUCGAAGCUUCGUACACGACUACGCAGAAGUACCGUCGUCGACCGAUGCCGCCGAAACUCUGAGUGGGGCCGAUGCCCUCGAUGCAAGCGACUCGCAUCUAAGUAUUCCGGAGCUGAGACCAGGCUCGCCGGACGAGAGCUCGAUCACCUUACUAACUCGCGAUAUCGUGUUCACUGUUGAUCGGACCGAAGUGGAAAGGGCAAGGAGUGAGCUGCCCCUUACGUCGAUCCGGGUACCGGAGAAGAAUUUGAGCGGGAAGGCGUUGCUGUGCUCGAUCAAUUUCUGGGCAUUGUUCUUGUAUCUGGGAGUCUUGUGCGGUUGUGGUCUGAUGUGUGAGUCCAUGCGGCAUAUCUUUUGCUCUCCGUUCUUUGGCUCCUUUUCCUCAUGCUUUCUACCGUUCGACAGAUAUCAAUAAUGUCGGCACCAUCCUCUUUUCCCUUCCAUCAACUUCCUUCGCUUCCAGCGCGAUUGCUCUCAAGGAGGCGCAACACCGUCUUGUCGCAUUGCUCUCCAUCACCAACUGUCUCGGACGACUCUGCUACGGCCCCGUAACGGACUAUGUGACACGCAACUACCGUAUUGACCGAACAUGGUUCGCCAUUCCCAUCGCCGCGACCUUCGUGCUCGCGAAUCUCUGGGUCGGGUCAAAGAGUUCUCGGGAUGGGUUCUUGGGAUUGGAGGGGCCGACGGCGUUGGUCGGGUUCGCGUAUGGGUCAAUGGCGGGGAGUACACCCGUGCUUUGUAUCGAUUGGUUUGGACUGGCGUCAUUUUCGACCAAUCUUGGAUUAUUGGGAACUUCACCCGCGAUCUUUGGUCAGUGCUUUCCUCUUCUGUAUGAGUGUCCACGCACGCUCCAUUUUGACACUGCUGUUUCCUGAAUACUUUUUUACCUCAUCAGGAAACAUCCUCAAUCUCCUCUUCGGCGCCAUCUACGACUCCCAUUCCCACCCUGCCCCGACCCUCCCCCACACGAUCGAAGACGGAGCCCCUUCGGCCGAAGCACUGUCGGAAGCCGCCGGACCCCUCUGUUCGUUAGGUCAGGCCUGCUUCCAUGAAGCGUUCCAGGUCACAACGGCGUUGUCUUGUUUCGCUUUGGGGUUAGCGAUUUGGAUGGGUGUGAGGAGGGAUCGUUCAGUAAUCGAGGAACGGAAAGCUCUCGGUGAGGAGGAUUGA